AUGUCAUCAAAUGAUCAUUCAAUAUUAAUGAUACCGGGACCUACAGAGUAUCAUCCUGAUGUUCUAGCCACAUUAGCUUUACCAUCGCUCUCGCAUACAUCACCACAAUUUAUUGCCGAAUUUAGUGAAUUAUUGGAAAAUUUUAAACGUGUUUUAGGUACAAAAAAUGGUCAACCAUUGAUUGUUAGUGGUAGUGGGACACUUGGUUGGGAUAUUAUAGCAGCGAAUUUAUGUGAAAAAAACGAUCGAGCACUUGUCAUCAAUACAGGCUAUUUUAGUGACAGUUAUGCAACAUGUUGUGAAACAUAUGGAAUCAAAGUGUGUGCAAAUCAAAUUGGUGCUAGUGUUGAAUUAUCAGAAAUUGAGAAAAAACUCAAAGAAGCAACAGCAGAUGGAGUCUAUAAAUUAAUUUGUAUUACUCAAGUUGAUACAAGUACAGCUGUUCUGAAUGAUGUAAAAUCAAUUAGUCAAUUAUGUAAACAAUUAUCACCAACUAGUUUAAUUUCGGUCGAUGGUGUCUGUUCAUUUGGUGGUGAAAGAUUUGCUUUUGACGAUUGGAAAAUCGAUGCAGCUAUGACAUGUAGUCAAAAAGCAUUGGGUGCACCACCUGGAUUAGCUCUGCUCAUGUUUAGUCAACAAUCUAUCGAUACAUUUCGUCAACGUACAACACCUGUACCUACAUACUAUGCGAAUUUAAAUAACUGGUUACCUAUCAUGGAUGCAUACGCUAAUCGUAAACCAAGUUAUUUCGCCACACCAAAUGUGAAUCUAAUUCGAUCGUUAAACACAAGUUUAAAAUUAUUGUUAGAUAUUGGCAUAGAAAAUAUUGUUCGAUUACACGAGGAAAAUGCUCAAAAGUUUCGAAAUAUUGUAAUAAAAUCAUUUGAUUUAAAAUUUGUGCCAACCACUGAUAAAAAUAUGGCUAACACUCUAUCGGCUAUUUAUUAUCCAAAAGAGAUGACAGAUGAGCAACGAACAAAAUUUCUAGGAUUAGUCAAAGAAAGCCAAGUGGUUAUUGCCGGUGGUUUGCAUAAAAAAAUAAAAACAGAGUAUUUCAGAGUGGGACACAUGGGCUACAGUGUGUGGGGUGGACAACAACAGCAUGUAGUUCAAACACUCAAAGCAAUUGAAAAAGCAUUGAAAGAAAGUGGACAUAAAAUUAAUGAGAUUGGAAAAGAAGAUUUUCUAUCUUUUUCUUGUAAAACGUCUAAAAUUUAA